AUGAGCCGGAGAGACGUCGAUCUCGAGUUCGAGCAGGCGUACCAGCGCCUCUUCUCGACCUCGUCUUCGUCUGUAGCAGAACAGCAGGGUCCGAGCACCUCAUCAGUCAAGCGCGACGCGAGGCCACGGUCAUCUCAAAAGCCACAUCGAUCCCACCUGACCAAGGAGGUAGGGGAAGCUGCACGACCUUCGGGCCACGCGAGGCAGCAUGUCCUGGCGCUCGCGUCUCAACGCAAAGCGUCGGCGGCCAAGACACAUCCCUCCGUCAAGGACCAAGCGCAGGCGCGGUCUCACGCAGCAAACCGCGAGCAUGUGGCGUCUUCUGCCUCUCGGUCGGAACAGGCUCCCCAGCGCUAUGCGUCGGCCGCAGCGAAAGGCAAGGGCCGCGCACGACCAUACACCACCGAAAAACACCGCCAUGCCGACCCUCACGUCCCUACAUCGAUCCCGACCACCGCAAGCACGUCCUAUGGCGCCUAUGUGCCGCCAGCAAGCAUGGCGUAUUAUCCAUAUACCCAGAGCCAUGCGCCCUUCCAAGUGUCCGCUCCCGUCGUCGCACCCGGCAUGACGGCGCUGCCCAACCCGACCGUGGCGUGGACGCAGCCCAUGAUGUCUACCGGCCCAGUGCCCGCCAUAGCCUAUCCCAGCUUCAGCGCUUCGGUCACCUUCUCGCAGCCGCAGUUCUUUGCGUCUCAACCACAUCCGAUCCCGGCCGGCAUGAUGCCGCCGCCGUCAGAGAGCUGGUCAUCUGCCGAUGCGACGGGAUCGACGCAGCCACCACGCGCAAGCGGCUCCAAGACCGCUGGCCCCGUCGCUGCGCAAGACCACGGUACGUCGGCCUUGCACAGCAAGCACAAGUACCCCAAGCGACAUCGUGCGUCCGUUCCAGCUGAGCUCCAACCUCCCUUGCUCGAGUCACGCGCAAGUGAGCAGCUAACGAGCAUCCUGCGUCUGCCGGCCAAGAUAGCCGCCGUCAAGAAGGAGACGCUGAAGCCAGAGCUGGAUGACAGUAAAACGCCGAUUCCCAAACGGCGCGGCCGACCACCUGGCCGCACGAAGGCCACUCUUCAGUCGGGCACGGUGUUUGCCCCAGCCGAACCAAAAUCCCGCUCACAUAGCCCGGCGCCGCCGAAGGCUACCGUCGUGCCGGCCAAGUUCGACGGCUGUCUGCCGCUGCGCGAGCACGCGGGUGUGCCGCAGAACCGCGAGACGCACACGCUCUUUAUCCACGCGUCGCGGCGGCUGGUGUGGCUGGCGCAGCUGGCGGUGGCGCACUCGGCUGGCGACAGCAAGCCCUCGGCCACGCUCGACACACGCGCCUGGGCGCGAUGGAGCAACUCGAUCGCUGCGCGGCUGCACACGCUUGGUGGCGAGCCGGGCGAGCCGGGCGGGCCCGGUGUGGCGGCGGACGCGGACGAUGCGCUGAGCUGCGCAUCGCAGAGCCAGGCGGAUCCGGCCGGGCUGUUUCCGCGCCACCGCCGACGAGAAUACGUUGCGCUGCGGAAGCAAUCGCACGCGGCGACGCGCACUGCCGUGCUGCGCAUCUGCAUCCGCCGCCUGCGUCGAUACCUCGCUCAGACGGCCGACAAGGCGCGCACGGCGCCACAGGCGCACCGCACCACGUACCUCAACCGCAAGCUGCGCGCGGCCAAGCUCGGACGCCAUCUGCACCGUGCGCUGCGACCGGCUGCACUCGACGCGCGCAGGCUGUGGAGCAACUGGGCUCGCACGCGCAGCAUAGCCGGCUCGAGCACGGCGCGCGUCAAGCUCGAACACGACGAUGCCCCGGAAGUGGCUGUGGGGGUCAAGAUGGAGCCGAGCGAUGGGGUUGCUACGCUGCCGCUGGACGAAGGGCGCGAUGCGACGGUGCGCACGCAUGCGCCGCUGUUCCUGCGACGCAACUUCAAACUGUACCGUCUGCUGGGCAUCCGCGCUCUGCCGCUCGCAUAG